AGAACUUUUAUUAAGGCACCGAAAACUCUUCCUUUCUGUCUCUCUCUCUGUCCCUCCAAAACCCUCAGAAAGGGCAGAGAUUCGCAGAGAGAGACAUUGACAGAUUAACCAAGAUGAGCACAGCCCUCCUGAGGAAGACAAGCCUUCCUCGUCUUUUACAUGGACAUUUGAGAAACCCCAUCAGAGAAACCCAUCAAAUCCUCGGUACCCAAACGCCGCAGACCAGAGCCUAUUUUCGUUUCCCUCAUUUUCUCAGGAAAGCCAGGGAAUAUGAGCUGCCUCCUUCCUCGUUCGCCUCUUCAUUCUCUUAUUCUUCGACAGCGUCAUCAUCUAGGGUUGGGUUUGUUGGGUGGUAUUUGGGGAUGGUGAAGGCGAGGCCUGUGUUCACUAAGAGCGUCACGGCCGCCCUCAUUUACACUGCUGCCGACCUGUCAUCUCAGACAAUUGCAGGGUCAUAUUCAGAGUCUUAUGAUCUGGUGAGGACAUUACGCAUGACUGGAUAUGGUAUGCUGAUUUUGGGACCAUCACUGCAUUUUUGGUUCAAUUUAAUGUCAAAGCUCUUUCCAAAUCGAGAUUUACUCACUACAUUGAAGAAGAUGCUCAUGGGCCAGACACUCUAUGGACCUGUCAUGACUGUUGUUUUCUUUUCUGUAAAUGCAUAUAUGCAGGGUGAAAGCGGGAGAGAGAUCAUUGCUCGAUUAAAGCGAGACUUAGUCCCAACGAUGAUAAAUGGUGUUAUGUACUGGCCUAUAUGUGACUUUAUCACGUUCAAAUUUGUUCCUGUUCAUUUACAGCCAUUGGUUAGCAAUUCGUUUUCAUAUCUAUGGAAUGUCUAUAUGACAUAUAUGGCGGGUUUAGCAAAAGUAGACGCCUCCAGCUGAUGAUUGAUUUCCCUAACUUGUCUCAUAUGUCACCUGUCUCUACAUUUGAUGAUGGCCAUGGUAGACGGUUUUGUGAAGAAUCAUAGUGUAUGAUACCAGCAGGAGUAGGAGCACCGAAGAAGGAAAACAAACUUUCUAGCGAGUUUCAUCUCUCGGACGGAUUUAGCAUCAAUUUCUCUCAUAUUUAAUUGUUGGUAAUCCUUUACAAUUUUAUGAUUUUAUAGGAAAUCAACUGUACACAAACUGUGAUGUUAAGCAGUGGAUCAGUGUUGAGACUUUACUUGUAGUAUUACUCAAUUCAUCCGUGUGCACUAUUUAGCUA